UAGACUUCUUUUAGUCGACCUUUGAUAGAUUGAGCUUUCAUCUGUCCAAAAAAUGAAAACCUUCCAGAAAUGUCCUUGCGUGUCCCACGGAAAAGCAUGUCUAUUUACAGAGUAUUGGUGUGGUAUUGUUAUUGACCUCAAGUCCGUAAAUGCUGGAAUAUAAAUUACGUAUCACGAGAGCAAGGCAAAUAUUCAAGACACUUUUACAUCGAUGACAACUGUGUAGUAUUGACUGAACUCGCAAGGAUUUAAACAGUCUUGAUCCUCACGACAGCACAAACCAGUUUGUGAUUAGAUCCUCCUUCUCGCCAAGAAGCUGCAUUUGAACUCUUAAUUGCUGCACACGGCAUACAACGCACUCCAUAACUUACACCAGGAAUCCAAGAUGGCGGGUUUUCUGAAUCAUUACCCACCGUAUCCAGUCAACGGUCUAAACAUGCCUCCGCGAACCGCGGACAUGUUCUCUCCAAUGGUCGCUCCGCCGUAUGGUUAUCCAAGAAAACAAAGAAGAGAGAGGACUACAUUUACAAAAGCUCAGCUUGAAAUUUUGGAGGAACUGUUCUCCAAGACAAAGUACCCUGAUAUCUUUAUGAGAGAGGAAGUUGCAAUGAAAAUCAACCUACCAGAAUCAAGAGUACAGGUGUGGUUUAAAAACCGACGCGCCAAAGUUCGACAACAGAGCAAAGGGGAACCCAAACCCAAACCCAAGCCGAAAGCGCCAACUGUAAGUAAAGAUUCCUCACAGGCGGGCCCAUCACCAUGCAGGUACGCCAGCUGUGGGAAUAUCUGGAGCCCGGCGCACGACUCCGUAAGGCCCAUGCCCACGUACCCCUCUCAUGCUGUCAUUAACAACAGCAUGGCAAUGUCUACUGCAAGUCCUUCCUUCAUGCCCCCACCACCACCUCCUCCGUAUUACUGCUCAAGUCCAAACGGUGGAUCCUACAUGCCCUUAGAGCAUGCGCAUAUGCAUCCAAUGGCACCAAGAUAAAGCUUUAGUUGUACGUCUAAGGGAUCGUUUUAAAGGCACAAAACCUCGUACAGGCUGGAAACGCGUAUAAAGCAGAAGAAAAAAAUUACGUUACAUACCAGGUUUUUGAUAAAACCAAUUAGUUUAGAUAAAUAGCUUAUUCUGGAAUACAAUUCCCUGACAGUAAUCCUCGCAUUGUCUUCAAGAAAAGGAAAACUUGUUUGCCAUUUAAUAAGAUUCAAAUGGCAGAGUAUCGAUUCUUCCGAAACGCAUUUAAGGAUCAGCAUGCUAGCUUUGUUCUUGGAAUCCUCUAAAAGCUUCGUUUUAAUGAAACUAAACCUGUUUUUCUUUGGAAUUAUCUCGCAAAACCUUUUAGGAUUUCAUGAAAGUCUUUCUGUGAGGUAGAACAUUAUCUGAAGUCAUGAGAACGCUCGUUCGCUUUUGAACCGCAAGAAUGCAGAGUCCGUUGCCUUAUGGCACGAAUGUUUAGAAAAUACAUUGCACCGAGUUAUUGUUUAUGGGCCAGAAAUUACAUAUUUCCUAAACUUUUGCCUAAAAAGAUACUGUAGGGUGAUUUACUACUUGUCUUCGUUGUUUUCGUUUUGGUAAGUGCUUGGUGUUACUUUACAUGAGUUUUUGAAUAGAUUCAACCCAAUGGACUUUCUAAGCUGGACCCUUUGACGUUAGUAAUUUCCGGCUGUAGUACGUAGCAGUCAUUUGUUAUUGUACCUUGUUCUUCAGUGAUCAUUGUUGUCGAAAAUGACUCUGUUUAACCUUCCAGUCCAAGGUUUAACGUUCAAUCAUCUUUGCAGAGUAAUAUAUGAUUUUAGUUCUUGAAUUCUAAGCUUUAGAUUUGAAAUACUUACUCAGCAACUUGUAAUUCAGUAUUCAAACAAUAAGUUUUCAAGUUAAAAACCUGUCCAGCGUGAUAAAAGGUUUUGCAGGAGAUUUCUUCCUUUUGAAUAGUCACACAUUGUGGUUUCAAGUGCAAAUCUUAAAGUUUGUCAAACAACAUUCAACAGCCUAAUAGUAUGAAAUACUUUCUCCGAUUUUCAGCUGAAUGCUAUUUUCUUAUAUUUUUUUGUCUGGAUUUUCACAUCUUUCGCUCAAUGUUCGCAUUUCACUUAAAGGUUUUAAAGUAGAAAUCAGAAUUUAUGGUCAAAUAGUUAUGUAUGAGUAAAGUAAC